UAAGACCAUGCCCGAUGGGUUGUCUGUGCGCCGUUCAACGAUCAAAGGCGCCCAGCACGGCGUGUUUACCUUGAAGCGGCUGCCCAAGAGGCUGUGCUUUGGGCCGUACGAGGGCGUCAAGGUGGACAGCAGCGCUGCAGACGGCUACACCUGGCAGAUCCGCCAGAACGGCCGAGUGUUCCUGGUGGACGGCCGCCCUUUGGACCGUACCAACUGGAUGCGCUACGUUAACUGUGCUCCAGAGCAGAGUCAGCAGAAUCUGGUGGCGUUCGUGCGCCAGGGAGCCGUGUACUACCGCACGUGCAAAGUGGUGAACACCGCAGAGGAGCUGUUCGUGUGGUACGGUGACGAUUUCGCCAAGCAGCUAGGUCUCGCCGGCAACACAGGGGAACAGAACCAUGCGGCCGAGGUGGACGUCGCUGCAGCACCUGAGGUCUUCUCCUACGAGGAAUGCGGCGAUCAGUUCACCGUGAAGCAGCUGCUGAACAACCACCGGCGACGCAAGCACAUGCAAAAGCCUCAAAAAAAGCACCAAUGCGUCCACUGCCCUUACUCCAGCAACAGAAGGAACGACAUCACCAAACACCAGAGGAUACACACGGGCGAGCGGCCUUUCAUGUGCCACAUCUGCGACAGGGGCUUCAACCGGCGAGCACAUCUCAGAGGCCACAUGGUGGUCCACACGGGGGAGAUGCCGUACGGGUGCCCAGACUGCGGCCAGCGGUUUACGCAGGUGUCAAACAUGACAACUCACCGGAGGCUGCAGCAUUCGGCUGAAAACGCUCAACAACAUGUGUGCCCCAAGUGCGAAAAAGCAUUCACCCUUAGGAGGAAUCUCACCAGACAUCUGCUUAUUCACACGGGUGAGAAGCCGCACGCCUGCUCUGAGUGCGGCAUGAAGUUUGCACAGAGCAGCCAUGUCAAACGACACAAACAGGUCGUCCACGGCCGCGAGUACCCGCUGAAGUGCCCGCACUGCGGCAAAGGGUGCAUCAACAUGGCAAACCUGAGAAGACACGUGCGGGCUCAUCACAACGACGACGACUAA